AAAAUGAAUGGUCUUCAGCUUGAAGUAAAGCAGAAGGUGGCUAUUUGCUAUUUUUGUCUCCAUGAAGUUCUAUCGAAGAUACCGUAUUUUUCAAUUGAAAAUUCUGUUGUUCCUGUGAAAUUUCUGGAUGAAGUUACCUCUAAAUCUUCGGACAUAGGUAGUGAAAACUGUAAUUUGUGCUAUGGAAUUUUGAAAAUUCUUCAAUCAACAGUUGAAGGGAUAAUGAAUCGGGUGGGGCAAUUUACUGAGGACAAUUUCUUUAUCACCGUGCAUGUUCCAGACGUUGUCUAUCUCAAUUUCUUUCUCCUUGGAGCCUUGUUAAACUGGGAAGCGAAGAGCGGCGGUGGCGACGGGCUACAACCUGAUAACAAGGCUUUACCUGUCUUUUCAAUUGACACAAAGUUGAUAAACAUCAAAGAAGUGUUUCGGAACAUGUUGUGUAACCGCCUGAAUGAAUAUUGCGAUCAGAGGUUGAAUGAACAACAGAAACAUGGGAGUCAAGAUAGAACAGAAAUGGUUCGCCCAAAUUUGAGAUUUACAUGCAAUACCCCAUUACCCUGUUGUGUUAAUGUAGUGAUUUUACCUCCAAACCAGAACUUGUUUACUGAACUUUUAGCCGAAAAAGCUGUGCAACCCAGAAGUAAGAAAAUGAAGUUUUCCUAUAUUGAAAAUGGAAAUGAUAUGGGCAGAAAUAAUUUCAUUCAUGCAGUAAAUUGUGCUCUAGAGAGUUUAGAACAGCAGUCUAGAUACGAGGACAAACUUGGCAGCUUAUUGACCAAGAAUUUUGACCGAGUACAGUUCCAAAUUUCGGUGUCCGUGCCUCAAGUAUUUAUCGGAGGAAGGUACUUGAAGUUCAGCCGCACCCUGAGUCAAACGCCAUGGUUCAUUGGAGGAAGGAGGAAGGGGACCUCUUCAAUAGAGGAACUAAUAACAGAGCCUAUGAAGCUCUUUUUCAAGUGUGAUAGCGCCAUGUUCAGAUCUUCAGGCCGCGAGGACAUAGAUGUGAAAAUGCUGGGUAACGGACGACCUUUUGCAGUUGAACUUAUUACCCCUUGUGUAACAAAGGUUACUAGCGAUGAGCUUAAGACCAUUCAGGAAGAGAUUAACUCAACAUCAAAGCCGGAUGUAAAGGUUUCUCAUUUGCAUGUUGUGAAAAAGGAAAACUUGGACGUACUUCGUAAUGGGGAAACGGAGAAAACGAAAGAGUAUUUAGCUAUUUUGUUUUCAAAGGGAGAAAAAUUUUCUCCAAAUGAAGUUGAAAAACUGAAGAUUAUCAGUCCUUUGGAAAUUAAUCAGAAAACGCCGCUACGUGUAUUGCAUCGAAGGUCGUUGCUCGACCGGAAAAGGCGGAUUUUGUGGGCUACGCCUGAAGGGGUUGAAUUAAAAUGUGAACAAGAAGGUAUUUCACAUUAUUUGACGUUGAGGAUUCUAACUGAAGCGGGAACGUAUGUUAAGGAAUGGGUCCAUGGGGAUUUGGGAAGAACUAGCCCUUCGGUCUGUGAUAUUUUGGGAAGGACCAAUGUCGAUAUUGUUCAAUUGGAUGUUGCAAAUGUUCACUUGACAUGGCCUAUUGAAGACAAGAAUUCAUGAAAAGUAUUCCUUUUUUGAGUUCAAUCUGAUUUGUGUAGUUAUUCAAUGACUUAAUGAAUUCUUAAAGAUCGACAACUUA